GAAUUGGUCAUGCCGGACGGAAGCUGGGGGGGCGGGGCCGGACGGAGCCUGGAAGGACCCGGGAGGAAAAGCAGAGUCCUUGUGGCUGUGCUGCCCCUCCCCUGGUCCCGGCGCGCCUAGAGGGGCCCGGCCGGGGUGCUGCGAGGGCUCCGGGAGGGUUGAAGGCUAAGCAUGGGGAAGAGCUGCAAGGUGGUCGUGUGUGGCCAAGCAUCUGUGGGCAAAACAUCAAUCCUGGAGCAGCUUCUGUAUGGGAACCAUGUAGUAGGUUCUGAGAUGAUUGAGACCCAGGAAGACAUCUAUGUGGGCUCCAUUGAGACCGACCGGGGGGUGCGGGAGCAGGUGCGUUUCUAUGACACCCGGGGGCUCCGAGAUGGGGCUGAACUGCCCCGGCACUGCUUCUCCUGCACCGACGGCUAUGUCCUGGUCUACAGCACGGACAGCCGAGAGUCUUUUCAGCGUGUGGAGCUGCUCAAGAAGGAAAUCGACAAAUCCAAGGACAAGAAGGAGGUCACCAUCGUGGUCCUGGGCAACAAGUGUGACCUGCAGGAGCAGCGGCGUGUCGACCCAGACGUGGCUCAGCACUGGGCCAAGUCCGAGAAGGUGAAACUGUGGGAGGUAUCUGUGGCUGACCGCCGCUCUCUGCUGGAGCCCUUCGUCUACCUGGCCAGCAAGAUGACCCAGCCCCAGAGCAAGUCUGCUUUCCCCCUCAGCCGCAAGAACAAGGGCAGCGGCUCCUUAGACGGCUGAAGAGCUGCCAUUCCCUCUCCACCUACCCAGCCUCAUUCCAGCUUCUGGGGCUCUGGAGGAUGUGUCCAGGGGUGGGGUUAGGCAAGCUGUCCCUCCCAGGCCAGGCAGCUGGGCUGUCCCAGGCUCAGGUCACUUUCGCUCCCUCCCAACUCUGGGAAGUGCAGAUAAUCGAGGCUAGUGCCCCCAAAUCCUGCCUCUCCUCCAGCUCUCAUCAUCCCUGCCCUGCUGUGACCUGAGGCAGUUGUGGGUCAGUGUCCCCUCCUGCCUGCCCUGGCUCGGAAGCAGAGCCACCAUGCAGAAGUUCCCGGUCCAGGCUCUGGUUUGUCACAGGGGUCCCCCCACCUGUGGGUUUCCUGCCAGUGACACACACACACACACACUCACACCUAUGGCACCAGCCUGGACUCUGGAGAAAGGCAUCUGGGUAUCGCGUACAUGCAUGUAGACGUGUGCACGCGUUCAUGUGUGUGCCUGCUGGUGUCCAGCUCUGACUGGCCUCUCCUUGGCUGGAAGAAGCCAGCCGCCUGGGAAGUGUAAUUUUCCGCUUUCACUCUCCACCCCCCGCCCAAGUUGUUUUGCUUCCUCUUCCUGCUCAGGGAGCACACGGCCCUCAUUGGCUGAGAUGGAAUGGAAUGAAGGCUGGGCUUCACCCGCUGGCUUUGGGACCCUGCAAGGCCUUUCUCCUCUCUGGGUUUCAGUUUUCUCAUCUGUAAGGUGAUGGGAGUUGCUUAGAUGAUCUUCUGGAUCCUUUCCAGCCCUCAGAUUUUCUCAUGCCCGUGGCUUCGGGCUGGCUGUUACUGUGCCCUGGCUUCUGCCUCUUCAAGGUGCUAUGCCUCCUGGCCCUGGAGGCUGAGACACUGCUCCCCCGAACCACCAGGGGGCAGGCGUGCACUGUCCGCUCUAGUGGCCAGAGUGGCUGCCCAGUGCCCACUCAGCGGACCUCACACCGGUGGGGCCUGGUCUUCACCCCUUCCUGUGGUGGUUUUCGGCUAAUAGCUGGACUUCUAUUUAUAAAUUACUUGUGUUUCUCUGCCUGCUGCCAUGGUGAAGGCUGGACAAGGUGCUCCUCUAGCCCCUCCUUACCUCAGAUGCCUGAACAGAACAAGGCAAACCAGUAGCAGCUUCUCAGGAGCUGUCAGAUCUGUCGGAACUCAGAAGGGUGGUUACACUUUCAACAUGCUAUAAAGUGAGCUUGUCACCCACAACUCCCCAUGUCCACUUCAUGCUUCUAAUGUGCACACCCAGUGUAGAUGAGACGCUAGAGCCAGGUGACUGACUUCUAGUACACACCCCUUCUCCCCAAGACGGGAGAGGCGAGCAGGACGGGCCACCCAGGGCUGGGCGAGUCGAAUUAGGGCAUAUACAGGCUCGGGCUUGAAUUCAUUUAUUGAUGCGUUGGACACAAUAAAACCACAACUGUUAUCAAAAA